CUGACAUCGUCUCAGCCAACUUGCCUCUCUGAUAUCACAACCAAUCCGGACAGUCUUGCAGAAUAUACCGAAGACCAAUCAAUGACAGCACACAUUGUAAGCUCGAAGGAACAUCAAGAUAUAAAACCUGCUUGGUCUAACAUGGACUCCUCCUCCGGUCAGCCAGUAGUGUUGGACAUUGACGGUGUUGACGGAUACAACUUCGGCGAGUCGGGUUUCGAGUUCGCUCCGGACUCUGCAAUAAGCUAUUCGUCUUCAAUGCCAGCACAGACCAACGCCACUACACAAACCCAACCGCCGUUCGUAGGUCCUUUUACCGCUAUCGCAGCGGCAGCAGCGGCAGCCCAGGACGAGGCUCAGGGUCAGCCCAUGAAGGACAACGAGGAUCAUUGCAACAAGCAAGCCUGCAUGGAGAACGACAAAGACGACAGGACAGCCGGGUCUCCUAUCAGUUUCACUUACUGCCGCGUUGUCGAUGGAAACAUCAGUUUCAAUCAAACUCACCACCAUAGUACUGCCACAAACACGAUCACGAGCAAGGCCGAUCCCCCAAGCUCGAAUAACGCUGAAUCCCCGAACUCGAACAAACCUGACCCCCCGAGCUCGAGCAAACUUGAUGUUCACAGCGCGAGCAUCGUGAGCGGACUGACUUUUGCCAGUGUGCUCGGAGCCUCCUGGAUUGUCUGGGCGGUGCUAAUCAAACCUAGCAUAGACUAGGAGACAUAUGCCACAACCUAGUGAAGGCACAAAAUCCAAACCCCGCCCCUACUGCGAACCAGGAAUUAUCUUGGAAGCUCGGAUAUAAUUAAUCGACACCGGGCAACUCAGCUCUUGACGC